CCGUGCGGGUGUCAGGAAGGGUGCGGGCCAGGGCAGCGCAAGGACGUUACCACCCUUGAAGAACCGGUCUGGCCGUUUCCAGGUCUCCUUGAAUCCGUCGUGCAGUGAGGGCCUUGUGGCAGUAUACUAGGCUGCGGCACGGCGUCGGAGGUCCUCUUUCGCGCACAGUAGCCAUGGCGAAGUUCAGGUUUCAUCAGUAUCAUGUCGUCGGCCGUGCUCUGCCGAAGCCGGGGGAUGAGAGUCCGAAGAUUUACCGGAUGAAGCUGUGGUCGACGGAUGAAGUGCGAGCCAAAAGUAAAUUUUGGUAUUUCUUGCGAAAGCUGAAGAAAGUGAAGAAAGCCCAUGGCCAGAUUCUUGCCAUCAACGAGAUUUUUGAGAAGUCGGCGACUACAAUCAAGAACUACGGCCUGUGGCUUCGCUACCAGAGCAGGACGGGCUACCAUAAUAUGUACAAGGAGUUCAGAGACACGACUCUGAAUGGAGCAGUUGAGCAGAUGUACUCGGAGAUGGCGUCGAGGCAUCGUGUGCGCUUCCCGUGCAUCCAGAUCAUCAAGACGGCGACGAUUCCUCCCAAGUUGUGCCGCCGUGACAACACCAAGCAGUUCCACGACGGGAAGAUCAGGUUCCCGCUGACGUUCAGGAAGAUUCGCCCGCCAACGAGGAAGUUGAAGACGACUUACAAGGCAACAAAGCCUGUUUGCUGCGUCUAAAUGAUCUUAACGGCAAGCGACGGAACAUGUUAUUUUUUGUUGGUAAUCGGUGAAUCGUUUCGCGUUGAGUUCGACGAGUGAUCGCGAGACGGAUCUACCGUACGAUAGGGUAUUUUCACGACGACGAUUCGUAGGUAGCUGCUGCUGAGGCUGGUCCUGUGUGACCCAGUCUGAGUUUAUCAGGGAAAAGUGAGCUCUGUGGUGUGUCUAAGCGUCACCCGUCCCGUGUAAUGACUUGCUUUGGGGAAGAGCUGAAGAUGCCGAGUAUGCGACUGUUACGGCCGUUCGUUCGUCAAUUAAUUUCGCUCUGGUUGUCCUUUUCUGCGGUCUCUGAGCUUAUCGGGGAAAAGUGACCUCCUCUGUGGCGUGUCUAAGCGUUGCCCGUUUAAGGACAGCUUUGUGGAAGAGCUAAAGAUGUGAAGUAUGUGACUAUUGCGGUCAUUCGUUCGUCAAUUGAUCUCGUUCUGGUUGCCGUUUUCCGCGGUCGUUGUACUCGAUUUUCUUUCACGGGCUCUCGCUUUUGCAAGUCUGUGGCUCAAUGUUUUGCAUGCGGUACGUUGGCUGUCGCGUUUUCCAAUGGACAUGCCUCUACUUUCCAACGAAUUGAAAAAUGCAAUUAUGUGAAAGGAAUUUGCAUUAGGUGUUCAGGUCGGAACAAUGGUGCAGAGAUUGCUAAGAUUGAAUGCAAGGGAUGCCUCCUGUCGGGGUCAUAGGGUUGAAAACUUGAGGUUGGACUGCUGAUGUGAUUCCCCUGAUCGUCGAGAUGGGGGACCUACAGGACUGGCAGUGAGUGAUAUGGCUAACAUCUGAGCGUAUCCUCUCGAUACUGUUUUUCCCCCAAGAGCGUAUCGGCCCAGAGAGGAGUCAACUUACGGUUCUGUCAAAAGACGUGUACCAGCACCAAUGUAAUUAACUUGCUAAAGAAUGCAGACUUGCAAAUUCGAUCAAACCUAGAACCCUAAGCCUUAAACGUUCGGCGAGGACGAACUGUCCUAGCUCAGUAGGUAACACCCACAAACUGUUGAGUCACAGACUUCAGUUCAAUUUCCAAUGACCGUAGUCAUACCCACAAACUGUCGAGUCACAGACUUCAGUUCGAUUUCCAAUGACCGUAGUCCAAAUUUCAUUGGAGCGAGAGGUGUCGGCGAGCUCGAAUAUAACAUUUCAAGCCUGUCGUCCUUUUUUAAAAAAAAGAACAUCGGACAGAAUGGUAGGUCCUUAUCCAUACUCAAGUGCAUCCUGGUCUGUCUGUUGUAGUGGUUCGAUCUCCGGACGUCGCCGGUGAAAAUCUGACUAAGUUAUGUCGGCAGACUGUCGAACCGGAUUCUGAUAGUCACCCUGGUCUUAGAAGCCUUGAAAGUCAGGCCUGCUGGGCGCAGCAAAAAUGGGUAUCGAUAAGGCAAUUCAGCCCCGUGAUGAGUUCGGUGAAUGUUCGACCAAAGUCUGCUACAAGUCGCCGUUCCGUGCCUUUUUCUCCGUCUGAGGUCGCUUGAAGUGCCAGGUCGGCAGACUGUUGAACCGGAUUUCGUUACCCACCCUGGUCUUAGUAGCCUUUGAAGUCAGGCCUACUGGGCACAGCAAAGUUGGGUAUCGAUAAAAAGGAAUUCAGUCACGUGAUGAGUUUGGGGUGUGUCUGAUGAAACAGUCUGUCACAGAGUUCACCGGGCAAGUCUUCUGGACAGUGUGUUUGUGAAUCUCCGAGGAAAUCUCUCCGUUGUUUGUUCUCCUCUCCCUGUGCCUAUUGUUCACCGGGCAGUCGUGUGUGGCGAUAGAUAAAUGUAUGUUGUACUCUCUCGCUUUUUGCGCACACGAUGCCGGGGUAGUCGUUAUGGUAAUACGCAUAUAUGCUAGAUGUUCCCGUAGCUGAGGUAAGGCGCUUCUCUAUGGUGAUGUCUGCGUUUUCCAGACUUGUCCGUAGAUUUUUCUCACUUGAUGAGCACGACACAACAACUCUCCAUGCAAUGCAGCAGUCACUGGUGACUGACGCACCUUCAGCGAUGGUGGGGUGUCCAGCAAAUCCAGGUUGAUUCUGAACUUGCAGCCCGACAAGCCUCACUUGCUGAGCAUGCAGGCUGUUUUGCGAAGCGUCUGGUUAUUGUAUCAGCUUGGGUUGGAAGUCUGGGUUUUCACCUGUGUUGCUCUCAGAACAAUAAGCUCUAGGCCAAUUUUUGUUUCGAACUGGCGGACUCGUCGAAUCUCUUCUCAGAUCGGGUGCUCACUCAUGGAAUGCACGGCUGUAAGUUCUCAUCUAUGUAGAGGUCUAUGAACUUUUACCAGGCACCUACUUGGAAUGAGCUCUGGGCCCAUUCCUUCGUUUGUAUGUUUGUCAAUGUCCCUGUUGUUUCGUUGUCUUUCAAUGUCACUGAUCGGAAUCAUCAUACCUGGCGUCUUCUGGCUCUGUGGACUCUUCUCAUGCACUGGCUUUUAAUGGCUCCCAUGUAUUCAUGGGAAGCAGCAUCAGCCAUCUAGUUGUCGAACUUCAGUCAUCCAGUUCUCACAGUGGGAUCUGAGCAGGUUCUCAGCCAUAUAGUUUCCUCAGCCUGGAUAGCAAAAUGUUCUUCGCUAUACUUAAGUCCCAAUGUCCCGCUAAUGUAGUUCUUAUACCGGAUUCCAUCCAAACCUGGUAGCUUACACCCUUACCCAUGUGAAAGCCCACCGUGUUGGCUGGUUAUACUUAUCCAGCACCUGUGAG